AUGGAAGCUGACACGGACGAAGCUCUAGCGAGAGAUCUUCAAGCGAAAGAAUAUGAAUACGACAAUGGCAAUACCAGUAGUAGGUUUGGACGAAAGGAUUUGGUGCUAAAUGCUGGUGACGAAGAGUUUGCGAGAGCUCUACAAGAGGAAGAAGACAAUACUGCUCUUCAACCUAAAGAUCCCUUACAAGCUGAGGAAGGGGUCGAGGAAUAUCAUCCUAAUCUGCACGAGACGUUUGCUUAUUUCAAUCAAAAGCAUUUUCAUCGUGUUUUGGACUCUGUAGAAGUUCGCUGGUCCACCAAAAUGACUCUUUGUGGUGGAAUGUGCUACUAUUACAAAGGAGGUUACUGCAGUGUUCGUCUCUCGGAACCUCUCCUGAAAUUCAGGACUCAGGACGACUUUUUCGACGUGCUACUUCAUGAAAUGAUUCAUGCAUAUCUCUUUUUGACUGGGAAGUGCAGUGGAUCUCACGAUGGACAUGGUCCGCACUUUUUGGAAAUGGCUGCAGAUCUCAAUCGAAAGGAAGGUCGAAACAUUACAGUCUUUCACAAAUUCCAUGAUGAAGUGCGACACUAUCGCACUCAUAAGUGGGUCUGCAAUGGUCCUUGUAAAGACCGAGCUCCAUUCUUCGGCCAAGUCUCCCGCUCAAUGAACCGACCACCUCAGAAAGCUGAUCGGUGGUAUGAAGACCAUCAACGAAGCUGUGGAGGAUCUUGGACAAAAAUUGAUGGGCCCGAAUUCCAUGAAACCGAGGAGGACAAGAACAAUAAGAAACAAAAAAAGAAACGUAAGCCGAAUGAUGCUGAUGGUGGUGGUGGUGAAAAGUCAAAGAAGAGUGGUAAUGGGUCUACUUUGGACGAUUACUGGAAGAAUUUAGGCGGUGGUCGUACUCUGGAACCACUUGAACCAUCCGAGAAGAAGAAGAAGGAAAAGUCUCCAUCAGAAAAGAAGGACUCUCCAACAAAGAAGACGGAAGCCUCAUCAUCGUCUGCGCCGGCAUCGUCAAAACCUGUGGUUAAACGCAAAGCAGUAUUCGAGCACGAUUCAGACUUUGAAGAAGAGGAUCCUCCGGCGUCUUCGAAGACUACGCAGCCUAUUAUAAUAAAUGAUGACGACGAUAACGCCAAUACACCACCACCUCGCAUACCAUCCGAUAAAUCUCAUACACCCACAUCCACUGUAAAUCCCGAAUAUGUGCUUGAACAAAUAGUAAUGUAG